GCCAGUCGUGUCUCAGCACCCGACAGCAGCAGACGUGUGUGGCAGCAGCAGUGAGAGCCUUAAACCGGAUCAGGACUCAUACUCAUACCCAUACCCAGUGCCACAGCUACAGCCACAGCCACCCCCACGUCUACACUCUCUUCUACACUGAAUAAAAGAGGCAACAAGUAAACGAGGCACCAUGAAUCCAGCCGCUCAGUUGCUGCGCCUGCGCAGCGCCACCGCUUUUGGCAGUGCGGUCUCCCAAUCGGCGCGCUCCAUCUCGACCAACCGGCGUCAGCGGACCACCAGUACCGCCAGUGCGCAGCGGGAGCGGACCCAGGGCGUCAGCGAGACGGACAAGUUUCUGCACUACAGCGCCGAGGACGGCUACUACAAGACCUCGCCCUUUGACCCCGUCAUCGUGCCCAACGUGCCGCUCCACGAGUACGUGUGGCGCGACUUCAAGAAGUGGGAGCGUAACACCGCAACGGUGUGUGUGAUCACCGAUCGGCAAUAUACUUUCGCCCAAAUGCGUGAUGCCAGUGCCGCUUUUGCCGUACGUCUGCAGACCAAGUUCAAGCUCCACAAGCCCGAUGUUUUGGCCAUCUGUCUGCCCAAUAUCCCCGAAUUCCCCAUCGCCACAUUGGGCGCCAUUGAAGCCGGUUUGACAGUGACCACCGUGAAUCCCGUCUAUACGCCGGACGAGAUCGCCAGGCAGCUGACCUUCAGCGGGGCCAAGUUCCUGGUGGGCACCGUCUCGGGAUUCGCCACCUUGAGCCAGGCCUGUAAGUUGCUGGGCAAGCAGCUGCCGAUUGCCGUGAUACGGACCAGUGCGGGGGAGUCCCUGCCGGAGGGUGCCAUCGAUUUCAGCGAGCUGACGAGCACCCAGAAUGUGCGCUACGAGGAUUUGGUGUCGCCGAAGGACGCCAGCGCCGACGACAUGGUCUUCCUGCCCUUCUCCUCCGGAACGACGGGUCUGCCCAAGGGCGUGAUGCUCUCGCACAACAACAUCACCAGCAACUGUGAGCAGGUGCAGGCAUCGCUGCCAUUGAACCUCAUGGGUCGUCAGGAUACGCUGCCCAGCGUCCUGCCCUUCUUCCACAUCUACGGACUGACCGUGGUGAUGCUAUCCAAGCUGGGACAGGGCUGCCGACUGGCCACCAUGCCUUGCUUCAAGCCGGACGACUUCAUGAGGUCCCUGGACAAGUACGAGGGCAGCGUCCUCAACCUGGUGCCGCCUAUUGCCCUCUUCAUGAUUAACCACCCCAAGAUGACCCAGGAGACGGCACCCCAUUUGAGGGUGGUGAUGAGCGGAGCCGCUCCAAUUGGUCAGCACGAUGUGGAGCGCUUUCUGCACAAAUUCCCGAAGGCCGCCUUCAAGCAGGGUUACGGUAUGACCGAGUCCUCGCCCGUGGCUCUCCUGACGCAGGAUGGGAACAAGAAUUACGCCUCCACCGGAGUGCUGCCGGGCAGCACGGAGGCCAAGAUUGUGCCCCUGGAAGGAAACGAAGCCAAGGGCGUGGGUCCACGCACCACCGGCGAACUGUGCAUUCGUGGUCCGCAGGUGAUGGCUGGUUACCUGAACAACGAGGAGGCCAACCAGGUCACCUUCUAUCCGGGCAACUGGCUGCGCAGCGGCGAUGUGGCCUACUACGAUGAGGACGGACUCUUCUACAUUACGGACCGCAUGAAGGAGCUGAUCAAGGUGAAGGGCUUCCAGGUGCCGCCGGCCGAACUGGAGGCAGUGCUGCGCGACCAUCCCAAGAUCCUGGAGGCGGCCGUCUUCGGUAUUCCCCACGAACUCAACGGCGAGGCACCGCGCGCUAUUGUGGUCCUGCGUGAGGGCGAGAAGGCCAGCGCCGAGGAAAUCUCCGCCUAUGUGGCCGAACGGGUUGCCCACUACAAGAAGCUCGAGGGCGGAGUGAUCUUCGUGGACGAGGUGCCCAAGAAUCCCACCGGCAAGAUCCUGCGCCGCGAGCUCAAGGAAAAGUUCUCCGACUAAGUGCGCAGGGAAAGGAUCUUCCGUACGUUAAGAUAUAUUUUUUGUGAUUUUUUUUUGUUCGUCUCAAUCCAGGGUUGGCAACCAGAUUCCUAGAAAUCUUGAAGAUAUCUGUUCCAAGGUCUCUAGUUAUUUGUGGCGACACCCCGCAGAACAUGAAUGUUUAUGAUGAACAUCAAUGUUGGCCCUGGAUCCGCUGAUCCCCAGGCGCUGGUUUAGACAUUGCAUUUACCACUUCGAAAAUAUUUAGUUCUUAGGCUAGACAUAGGUCUCAAUUAGUCGCUCGAUUGGUCCAUAGUUGGUAAGUGUAGACUAGACAGACGACAGAACCCUAUCCAUAAACCUAUACGUAUCUGUAAAGUGUAAUCUGUAUGCUUGUACUGUAACCUUUGAUUAUACUUAAUGACGGACCCGAUAUUUCACUAUGAUAUUCCCCUAUUUACAUAUAUAUAUUUUUUUUUGCCUAGUGCUGUAAGAUAAUUGUUUGUUAAUCGUAUUGAAAGACGGCGGCAUGCCAUAAAUACCCCUAUACAUGCUAUGUAUGCCACGAUGUUUUAAAAUAAAGACGAAAUGAACUAGUUUGAA